AUGUUCAAUCUCGCUAUACUCAAGGAUACCAUCGGUAUUCACCCGUCCAACUUUGGCAUUCCACCCGAAAUGGCGCUCAUAUCCGAGCUCAAUAAAAAGUACGCCAACCGGGUGCUGCACGACGUUGGGCUGUGUGUAAGCGUCUUUGACUUGACAGAGGCGGGAGAAGGGAAGGUUCGGUACGGGGAUGGAUUUCUGUAUUAUAAAGUGGUAUUCCGCUUGGUUGUCUUUAGACCAUUCAUGUCCGAAGUGAUAGUCGCAAAGGUAAAGUCGUCGGAUGCUGAAUCUGUUCGGUUAACGAUGGGAUUUUUCGACGACAUAUACAUACCAUCGGUAUACCUCCCCCAACCUUCGGCGUUUGACCCGAAUGAGCGCGCGUUUUUCUGGGUGCCAGAGUCUGAGCUGACUACUGCCUCUGAGCUGCUGGACACCGACGUUGCGUCGAGGAUGUACAUUGACGCUGGGGAGGUCGUACGUGUGCGGGUGGAGGCGGAUGAGUUCCAUGACGAUGAACCGGGGCCACCGAAGAUGACUGAAGGAGUGCAUGUGAAGCAGGUAGCAAGGAGAGCGCCGUAUCAGAUUAUUUGCUCGAUAGCAGAGUCAGGGCUCGGCAAUGUGUCGUGGUGGAAUGCGUCGCAAGAAGAAGCAGAAGGAGAUGUGGUCAUGGGGGAGUAGUAUGUUCAUAUGUACGAGAUAUCCCAAGGUGCUGGGGUCGACAUAGGAUUUUAAUUUUAAUAUUUGUUGGCAG